AUGGGCAAACCAAGGUUGAUCAUCAUUAUCAGACAUGCUCAAUCCGAAGGGAACCGUGACAAAGCUAUCCACCAGACGACGCCAGACCACAGAGUCGGAUUGACGGAAGAAGGGCAUCGCCAAGCGCUUGCAGCAGGAGAGAAGCUUCGUGCUCUCCUCCGAACCGAUGAUACACUACACUUCUUCAUUUCUCCAUACAGGAGGACCAGGGAAACGACAGAAGGUAUUCUGAAGAGUCUGUGUUCGAAUGAACCUGCCCCUUCACCAUUCCAGCGACACCACAUCAAGGUAUAUGAGGAACCAAGGCUGAGGGAGCAGGACUUUGGCAAUUUUCAGCCAGACACCGAAGAAGUUGAGAGACUGUGGCGAGAGCGUGCACAAUAUGGUCACUUCUUUUAUCGCAUUCCUAAUGGAGAAAGUGGAGCAGACGUCUAUGACCGCGUAUCAUCCUUCAAUGGUUCACUCUGGAGACGGUUUUCCGAAGACACAAUGGCCAGUGUGGCUGUUCUCGUCACUCACGGUCUCUGCAGUCGCGUAUUUCUGAUGGCUUGGUAUCACUACAGUGUGGAGUUUUUUGAGGAUCUCCGAAACAUCAACCACUGCGAAUUUUUGGUGAUGAAGUUGGGCGCAAAUGGGAGGUAUGUGCUUCAGAACAGUCUACGGCGAUGGUCAGACCUUAGGAGAGAGAAGGCGGCCAGAAAAAACAGCGUAUCUUCUCCAUCAACACCCGCAAAUGUCGAAAACAUACCAGUUAGACGCUGGACGAUGUCCAAAAACGCCCAUGACCCCACCGGUGCCAGUUACAUUCCUACGCCGGUACGGAAAAGUACGAUAGACAUGUUCAGAGAUGAGCCGGAAACCGUACAGGAAGGAGGCGAAUUCAAGCGUAAUCCAAGGGCAACCCCGGCCGAGAGGAGAAAUAGUACGAGCAGGGAACAAAGUCGCACAAGAGUGCGGUCAUCCAGCAACCUUCGAACCUCUGUCGCUAAUCUAACAUUGGAUACGGGGAGAAAAAGUGCGAAUCUGAGUGGGAUAAAAUCAUACCUUGGUAGAGACGGUGGCGGGACAAGAUCGGGCCAGGGCUCACCCUUCGGAUCCGAUGAUGAGUUGGAAAGCGAGAGUCCCAGGGGAACUACGCAGUCUUUUGGCUCUUUGUCGGGGUCUCAUGAGAAAGGCAAGAAGGCCUUCUCUUCGUCACUGGCUCGAGCAUUGAGAGGAGAGUUGGACGAUCCAAAUAGGAAGAUGGCAGAUGCGCUUGGCGAUCAGAGUGAUGCAGAGGUGGAGGAGGCAGAUCUGGAGCUCGGGACACAGGAGCGAGUUUCUGGCGAGCUGCAGCAAAUCCUAGAUGAAGAGAGGCGGGAGCGGAGUCACCGAAGUAUAUACUAG